AUGCCCACGCAGGAGGUGAUGUCAGUGCUGAGCGCGCUGACGUCAGACCCCGCCAACGAGGUCUGGGUCGUCAGCGGCCGCGCGCGGCGGGAGCUCGGCACCUGGUUCGAGUCGCUGCCUGACCUGGGUUUGGCGGCGGAGCACGGGUUCUACACGCGGCACCCCGGCGCCGCGGACUGGCACGUGCAGCAGCCGCACCUGGACGUGGCGUGGCAGUCCAUGUCGCUGCCCAUCCUCAAACAGUACCAGGAGUCCACUGAUGGCAGCUGGAUCGAGGUCAAGGAGAGCAGCCUCGUGUGGCACUACCGGGACGCAGACCCUGACUUCGGCAACUGGCAGGCCAAGGAGCUUAUGGACCAUUUGGAGGACGUCCUGUCAAACAUGCCCGUGGAGGUCAGCAGCGGCAACACCAUCGUGGAGAUCAAGCCCCAGGGCGUGUCCAAGGGCGCGGUGGUGGAGUCCAUCCUCGAGCGCACCGCCGCCGCAGCCUCGGCCUCGGCCGCGUCGGAGGCGUCCGCCGCGGCGGCACCGGAGGACGGCGGCAGCGGCGGGAUCAGCGGCGGCGGCGCGGGCAGCGCGGCGGCGGCGGCGGUGGCGGCGGCGGAGCGGGCGGCGGCGCAGCGGCGGGUCGUGCGGUUCGCGGAGGCGGCGGCGCCUGAAUUUGUGAUGUGCAUCGGGGACGACAGGAGCGACGAGGAGAUGUUUGUGGCGAUAGAGGAGCACGGGGCCGCGCGGCAAAAGGA